AUGCAAACAACCACAUCUUCCCUAAUAGAAAAUAAGGAAACAUGGAAGUGGUUUCUUGACCUCCUACUAGAUAAUAUUGAAAUGGGAAUUGGUCAUGGAUUGACCCUCAUAUCAGACCAACACAAGGGAUUGGUAGAGGCUAUCAAAGAAAGAGUUCCAGCAGCAGAGCAUAGACAAUGUGCUAGGCACAUCGAUGCUAACUUCAAGAAAAGAUUCAAAGAAUUUGUUAUUUUUGUGGAUAGAUUUUGGGGAGUUAUACCUUCUGGGGUACAAAAAUAUGAGGUUAGGAUUGGAAAUGAUGGAUAUGAUGUGGACCUUAACAACAACACAUGUGGAUGUAGAUCUUGGCAAGUAUCAGGUAUCCCAUGUGUGCAUGUAGUGGCAGCCAUUUCAUACCUCAACAGGAAUGCAGAGGACUAUGUUGCACCAUGGUUCCAUACAACCAUGUUCUUGACUUGUUACAACCACACCAUUAACCCACUUAAUGGUAGUUCCAUGUGGCCUGAAGCUCCCUACAUGAAGCCAUUGCCUCCUCAAAAAAGAAGGUUACCAAGAAGGCCAACCCUUAAAAGGAAAAAGGAUCAAUCUGAGAUGGAAAGCAAGGGGAAAAGAAGGCAUACUAUCUCAAAAGCAGGUUCAGUUAAUAGAUGCACUAUUUGUAGAGAAAGGGGCCAUAAUAGAUCAACAUGUCCUACUAAACCAGCAGAUGUGGCAUCCACUUCAAGGCCAAAUAACAAGAAACCUAAAAAAUGUAAAGUGGAACCAGUUCAAGCAGAUCCAGUGGAUCCAGUUCAAGUACCAACUCCAAAUAUUGAACCAAUUCAAGCAGAUCCAUUGGAUCCAGUUCAAGUACCACAUGUUGAACCAGUUGAUGAUCCAACUCCACAUGUUGAACCAGUUCAAGUAGAUGAUCCACAUCCAAAUGUUGAUGUCCCUGCUCAACCAGUUGCAACUAGGAAGAGGAUACAAAAAUACUCAGAAAUAAUUACCAAGAUAGGGUUGAGGAAGAAGGUUUUGAAGAAAAAAGGAAGCACUGGACACAACCCAAUGGUGUUGGAAUGA